AUGGCCAGGCUGACGGGCGCCCAGCCCGUGGCCGCCCGCCGCUGGGGCUGCGCCGCCGCUGCCUUCCUCCUCCUCCUCCUCACCGUGCAAGCUGCCCAGAAAGCCGACCUUAGUAGUGACGCCACGGCAGCCACCAUCAACCACUCGCUGACGCUGCUGCAGCGGCUGCAGGAGCUGCUGCAGAACGGCAACGGCAGCGACUCGGUGCUGCGGGUGCGCACGGCUGCCUCCGACGAGGCCAAGGUCUUCCACACCCACCAGCUGCUGCUCAGCCUCCAGAGCGAGGUCUUCGAGACCCUCCUGCGCAACCAGAGUGUCAUCACCCUGCACGAGCCGCCCGAGACUGCUGCGCUUUUCGAGAAGUUUAUCAGGUACCUGUACUGCGGGGGGGUCUCCAUCCUGCUGCACCAAGCCAUCCCCAUGCACCAGCUGGCCAGCAAGUACCGGGUGUGGGGGCUGCAACGCGGCGUGGCCGACUACAUGAAGACCCACCUGGCCAGCGAGUCGAGCCAGGGCCACGUGGUGGGCUGGUACCAUUACGCCGUGCGCAUCGGGGACAUGGCGCUGCAGGAGAGCUGCCUCCAGUUCCUGGCCUGGAACCUCUCGGCCGUGCUGGGCAGUGCGGAGUGGGGCUCGGUGAGCGUGGAGCUGCUGCUGCUGCUGCUGGAGCGCUCCGACCUGGUGCUGCACAGCGAGCUGGAGCUCUACACCGCUGUGGAGGGCUGGCUGAGCCGCCGGCAGCCUGAGGGUCCCGUGGCUGAACGGGUGCUGCGCGCCAUCCGCUACCCCAUGAUUGCACCCAGCCAGCUCUUCCGGCUGCAGGCGCAGUCGGCGGUGCUGGCGCGGCACUAUGGCGCGGUGCAGGACCUGCUCUUCCAGGCUUUCCAGUUCCACGCCGCCUCCCCUCUCCAUUUCGCCAAGUAUUUUGACGUCAACUGCAGCAUGUUCCUGCCCCGCAACUACCUCGCGCCCAGCUGGGGCUCCCAGUGGGUGAUCAACAACCCGGCGCGGGACGACCGCAGCACCAGCUUCCAGACCCAGCUGGGUCCCAGCAGCCACGACGCUGGUAAGCGGGUGACCUGGAACGUCCUCUUCUCGCCGCGCUGGCUGCCCGUCAGCUUGCGACCUGUCUACUCGGACUCGGUCUCGGGCGCCAUCCAGCCCGUGCGCAUCGAGGACGGUCGCCCCCGGCUUGUCAUCACCCCGGCCAUGAGCAGCCCUGACUUUGCCGGCGUCAGCUUCCAGAAGACGGUGCUGGUGGGCGUGCGGCAGCAGGGCCGUGUCUUGGUGAAGCACGCCUACAGCUUCCACCAGAGCUCGGACGAGGCGGCCGACUUCCUCGCCCACGCCGACCUGCAGAAGCGCACCUCCGAGUACCUCAUCGACAACUCUCUGCACCUCCACAUCAUCAUCAAACCCGUCUACCACUCCCUCAUCAAGGUGAAGAAGUAA